GACCAUAAACGACACUUUUUAGAUUUCGCACAUAACCAAGGACGCGUGCCUACUGAAGAACCAAUCGAUGCUGCUGUAAUAAUUCGACUCAUUUGCACUGUUGUAUCGUCACAAACAACGCACCAGCGGCAGUAAUCCGAACAUAUAUCUAGCUGACCGGCAGGCCCUUGAAGAAUAAUGGACGACGCCACUACAUAUGAAGCAUUUGAUGCGUCGGAUGCAGAAUCAAAUGCAUCUGCAAAAGGCUCGUAUAUUGAUGGGCCAGCGCAUGACAACGAAACAUGCCAGACCCAACCCUCAGGAGUACAUGAUCGCUUGGACAUGUCGGGCAUCACUGCGGUGGAUCAUGCCCACAAGGACGACACUGAUCAGAUGAAGUCCGACUUCUCAUCUAUUCCGAUCUUCGACGAAGCGGAAGCACAGCAGGAGUCAUUGGCGCAGGAUGCGGAGCCUAUUCUAUCUGAUGUCGAAUCUGCCCCCAAGAGCGUCAACGGCGGACUCAAAAAAGGCACAAAGAAACCAAACCAACGCUCGAUAUUGGAUCACUGGCUCAGACAUUACGGACAAGUACUAUAAGCUGUUGAAGAUUGAUCGUACUGCACCUCCGGGCCAACUAUCUGUCUUUGAAGACGAUAUUGUGUACAGCAAAAAGGAGGUCACUCAGCUGCUGACAACAAUUGAUGAGGGCAAUAAAGCAACUGGUGGUUUGCGAGUCAAGUGCAGCUUCUGGGGCAUACUGGGCUUUAUCAAGUUCACAGACUGUUACUACGUCUUGCUCAUCACCAAGCGGCAACAGGUUGCAAUGAUUGGUGGCCACUACAUCUAUGGAGUCGAAGGCACCGAGCUGGUUCCUCUGACUACCGGCGCCGGUUCACGCUUUGCUCGCGAACGCAAUGCCGAAGAAGGCCGCUUCCUGAGUAUUCUUAAUAACCUCGACCUUACUCGCUCCUUCUACUUUAGUUACUCCUACGACAUCACCCGCACAUUGCAGUACAACAUUACCCGACAACGAAAUGCACUCAAUCGAGGAAUACAACAGCCCGGUCAUGACUACAAUGACAUGUUUGUCUGGAACCAUCAUCUUCUGAGCCCAGCGGUGAAGCAUUUGAAGAAUGCUUUCGACUGGUGUCUACCUAUCAUUCACGGAUUCAUCGAUCAAUCAUCUCUUGAUGUUUUCGGACGCAGCAUUUACAUCACUAUCAUUGGCAGACGUUCACGCUUCUUCGCUGGCGCACGUUUCCUCAAGCGUGGAGCGAACGACCUUGGCUAUGUGGCCAACGAUGUAGAGACUGAACAGAUAGUCUCGGAGAUGCUCACGACUUCAUUUCAUGCUCCUGGGCCCAAGAUGUUUACAAAUCCCAACUACACUUCCUACGUUCAUCAUCGAGGCAGCAUUCCUCUUUACUGGUCUCAAGACAAUAGUGGUGUGUCUCCAAAGCCAGACAUCGAUCUCAAUGUGACAGAUCCGUUCUACCAGCCCGCGGCGAUGCACUUUGAUGACCUCUUCAAACGUUAUGGUUGUCCAAUCUAUGUAUUGAACCUGAUCAAGUCCCGCGAGCGGACGGCGAGAGAGUCCAAGCUACUCACCGAAUUCCAAAAUGCCUUGAAUUACCUCAAUCAAUUCUUGCCAGAGGACAAGAAGAUACAAUACAAGGCUUUUGACAUGAGCAGAGCUGCAAAGACCAGGGGUGGAGACGUCAUCGGAACACUCGAGAUCAUUGCCGAAGAGAUUAUGCAAAAGACAGGAUUCUUCCACAACGGAGAUGUAGAAGAUGGACUACCGCAAGUCCAGAAUGGUAUCGCUCGAACGAACUGCAUUGAUUGCCUGGAUCGUACGAAUGCGGCCCAAUUCGUCAUUGGCAAGCGCGCUCUCGGGCACCAACUACGAGCGCUAGGCGUGAUACCUACUGCUGACAUGGAGUACGACUCGGACGCAGUCAAUGUCUUUACGCACAUGUUUCACGACCAUGGAGACACAAUAGCCAUACAAUAUGGUGGAUCUCAUUUGGUCAACACGAUGGCCACAUAUAGAAAGAUAAACCACUGGCAUACCCAGUCGAGAGACAUGGUAGAAAGCUUCAAGCGAUACUACCACAACUCAUUUCUCGAUUCUCAGCGACAGGAGGCAUACAACCUAUUUCUUGGAAAUUACAUUUGGGCACAAGGCCAACCCAUGCUCUGGGACCUCUCUACGGAUUACUAUCUUCACCACACGGACCCCAAGAAAUGGCUGGAUCGUGCCCGCAAGAGCUACAUAAAUUGGUUUACACCCGAGCAUCUAGAGCGACGAACGCUACCGCCUACAGCUGAGCGUGGAAAAACUCAAAAGACAGAUCAAAACCUGGCGGAAUAUGACGACUACUGGCUAGAGUAUUACAGGCCUCUUGCAGUAUCGUCAUUCGUCAAAGUGUACUCGUACAGAAUGAACACCAACCACAGAUUCCUACCCGAGAGACCGAGCAAAGACACGAAAUACGACUUCAGCCCAUUCACACCUCGCAUCGAUCUGAACAGAAACUCUCCCGACUCGCCAGAGAAGAAGCCUCCGCGUAAAGGUGUAACCAUCUCCGUCAAGAUUGCGGAUAAAGCAGCCAUUACCCAGAUGACCUUGAAUCGUAUAUACGACCACUCUCUCAACCCUUCUGUGACGGCAGAAGAAACGACAGAGUAUGAACGAUACAUCUCGCACCCCUUCAAAAUCCCACUCGUUGUAUCAUCAGAGCUACCACCAGAGACAAACCUCAAUCUUGACUUUGUGGAUUAUGUCAAUAGUGGCAGAGCCGGGGUCGAUUCUGGCGACGAAGGCAGUACGGGAGUGCUUGAGCCCAGUUAUGAAGAUUUGGCCGAGUUCACCGACUUUUUGACGGUCAGAGAAGAUCCAUUGACUGUGUGGGAGGAAGAUGGAGGAAAGAAGAGAUACAAGGCAUAUCGCCAGUGGUUGAAGGGAAAGAGUCUGUUCAAGCAGAGCAAGGUGGAUCCUGAGUUUAGACAGUAAACAGGGUCAAGAAGGUGUAGACAGAAUGUUUCAAUUUUGGUCUACUUGUAUGAACUUGGUCUCUUGGACGAUGACAAAAGAAACAUCCCACGUC